GGAUGAGUCAGGCUAUAUGAUGCUGAUGAUACUGCCAUUUCAUCAGCACAUUUUCACAAACAUCUCGUUAUCUCUAAUGAUGAGACUGACAAUAUGAAUUUACAAAGAAUUUACGGGCAGUAGCAGAUCUUGAUGCAAACGCCUCAGAUCGACCAUGGUCAUUCGUUUGGUCAUUUAGUGCACAUUCAAAGCGGGACUAGUAGCACAAUUAUCCUCAAAAACGCUUGGAUGCCUUGCCUGGGAUCGUCACGGUGUUAAUGCUUCCUGAUUGAAAGAAAGCGAAGAAUAUGGGGCUUGCCAUCCACAUACAGUGAGAAGCACAACGAAGAUCAAGUAAGAUAUGGAAGCUAUAUGGCUGUACCAGUUCAGACUGAUUGUCAUUGGCGACUCGACGGUGGGGAAGUCUUGUUUGAUCAGACGCUUCACAGAAGGACGUUUUGCACAGGUGUCUGACCCGACUGUUGGCGUGGAUUUCUUCUCCCGGCUGGUGGAGAUUGAACCUGGCAAGCGCAUCAAGCUUCAAAUCUGGGACACAGCAGGCCAGGAGAGAUUCAGAUCUAUCACAAGGGCUUAUUAUCGCAAUUCAGUGGGUGGCCUUUUGCUUUUCGACAUCACCAACCGGCGCUCAUUCCAGAAUGUGCACGAGUGGCUGGAGGAGGCGCGCAGUCAUGUACAGCCGCACAGCAUCGUCUUCAUCCUGGUGGGACACAAGUGCGACCUGGAGCAGCAGCGGCAGGUCAGCCAGCAGGAGGCCGAAAAGCUGGCGGCCGCUUACGGCAUGCGCUACGUGGAGACGUCAGCCCGCGACGCCAUAAACGUGGAGAAAGCCUUCACCGAGCUCACACGAGACAUCUUUGAGCUGGUCAAAUGUGGAGAUAUUACCAUCCAGGAGGGUUGGGAGGGGGUCAAGAGCGGCUUUGUGCCCAAUGUGGUGCAUUCGUCCGAGGAGGUGACCAAGAGUGACCGCCGCUGCCUCUGUUGAUCACCAUACUCUCGUUUCACCAUACUUUACUGCAACUCCAGCGCCGUCCUUCUCCCUCCCACUGUCGCCAAACCCACAAAUACUCUCCAUCCUCUCAACUAGUGUCUCCUGCUUCCAUAGUUACUUUAAACACACUUCCUGUUCGCUGAAAUACUGUGAGCUGCAGAUCUGCAAACUUUAGUAAAUCUGGAGAACUCACUGAAGCUUUGAUUAGUCUGCAGAAUGGAGUUGUGGGAAAGGUUGGAGUAAACGAUUGCAGGAACACAACGAUUCUUUGUUUACACUAAAUGUUCAGGCAGUGAUUUGAGAACAUGAGAAGAUCAAGGCGUAUGUCACAAUGGACUGAAUAGCCCUUUAUGUGUUCACUAAAGUUAGCCUUUUAAAAAUGAUUUUCGGUGAUUGCUCUUUUUGUUUGUUUGUUUGUUAUUAAAGAGCUUGUUUGAUGAGGGAAAACGGAGAACAUUCUGUCAUCAUUUACUCACGCUCAUGUUGUUUCAAAUACACAAGACUCUUGUUUGUAUUUUGUCCUCAAAUUUGAGAGAUUUCUGUCUCUCCACUGAUAGAUUGUUCAUUUGAAAAUCUGAUGGUCAAAAAGUAAACCGAUACGAAUUAAGUUGGUUUAAUCCAAAUAAUCUGAAGAGAAAUAAUCAGUUUACAUGAUGAACAGAGUUAAGUUUUUAUUCAGAAUUAAACAUUAAAGGGAUAGUUCACCCCAAAAAUGAAAUUUACUCACACUUAAGUGGUUCAAAACGUUUAUUUAUUCUGUUGAAAAUCCAUUGUAUCAAUGAAGCCAUUGAUAUCCAUAGUAGGAACUUUAAAAAUACUAGGGAUGUCCCGAUCAGAUUUUUCUGCCCUCAAAUCCAAAUGUGAGUUAUCUGGUUUUGAGCAUAUACCGAUAUCGAAACCUGAACCGAUAUUUCUAUAAUACAAAAAAAGAAUAAAAAAGAGCGAAGAAACAGAUGCAGGAUGUUUAAUUCACCUUAUUUUAACAUUCAACAACUCUGUUAACAAACAGAGCACUGCUGUGAGGUAGCCUGAACAAUCAAAUAAUAAAUAACAUCAAUACUUUUUUUGGUUUGGACUUGA